AAGGCGAGUAGAUCAAUGAUAAACUUUCAUUUAUUAAGGGACUCGGUAGUCGUUGAUGUAUGUAGUCAUUCAUUCAUCCAUUUUCCAACCGAUUAUCAAGUAUGCCUACAAAGACUGGUUGAUGUAACAAUUCUUUAAACGCUAUUAUAAUUUACUCUGGAACCGAAAUUCGAAGCAAAAUGUUUUGCAUGUAUUUGUUUGUACACUCUGGAUUUUUCGCUUAUACAGCUAAAGUGAAGUAGUAUGUGAAAAUGUGGUGUAUAUGUGUGUAAUACUAAAUUUAUGUGUAAUCUAGGCAGUAUAUAAAGUAUAUCCGCUGGGCAGAAUCCAGACAUGUCUUUUAUAGUUUUCUGUCGACGAAAGUCGCUGUUGGAUUAAAAAGGGCACUUUGUAGUCUUCAGAUAAUUUUUAUAGUAGGCCAAAUAAAUUGUGAUUAUAUAUUUAACACUGACCACAGGCAGUUAAACAAUCAAAACUAAAAGACAGAUGCCUGCCAUUUAAAAAGCAGCUGAUUCGAGAUCAAAUGAAGGCGAGGGGAAACGGUCAGCCUCCCUCCCUUUCUCUCCCUCCCCUCCCUGUGUGUGAUAAACUUGUCAAUAAAUGGGCACGUUGUUUCUCGAACUUGCUCUUUUGCUUUCAACGUCACACCGACAUCAUCUCAUAUUUCUGAAAUUCAGUCGUGCAGCUGGCUGUGAAGUUCGUCCUCAGUGCAGGUCAACAGUGAAAACAGUGUCAGCCAUGUCUGCUUUCCUGCACCACUGUCCAUUCCUGAAGACUGUCUCCCAUAGCUCCCUGCGGAGGUCGGGCCUCGGCCUCUUCUCUCUGGCCGACAGGUGCCCAGUCGUCAUUCAGCAGGUGGCCACUAAUGCCACCCUGGUCCAGAAACCAAAGGACAGUGCCCCCCACAAAGGCCCUCAGCGCUCCCUGGCCCAGGCUGCUGGCCAGUUGGCUGUUUCCAUGGCAAAAGGCUGCCCCUUUGUGUCCUCCCAGAUAGGAGUGGUGCAGGCGAGGCCUGAGGUGCAGGAGGACAUCCAGCCCACAGGGGGUAUACUGAAAUCCCUGCUAAGCAGUUUACAAAACCUGACCCAUGACAAGACCACCUCCCACAAGGACAAUAUGAGACGCUCCAGUUUUGAUUAUGAUGCCUUUUUUGAGGAGAAGAUUGCUGUGAAGAAGAGAGACCACACUUACCGCAUAUUCAAGACCGUGAACCGCCGGGUUGACAGCUUCCCCUUUGCUGAAGAUUACUCUGUGGCUGGUCAUAACGGCGACCUCGUGUCUGUCUGGUGCAGCAAUGACUACCUGGGAAUGAGCAGCCACCCCCGUGUUCUGGAGGCAAUCCGCGGUGCUCUGAACAAGCACGGCGCUGGGGCAGGUGGCACCAGGAACAUCUCUGGCACCAGCAACUACCACGUGGAGCUGGAGAAGGAACUGGCCGCACUGCAUGGCAAGGAUUCUGCAUUGGUCUUCUCAUCCUGCUUCGUGGCUAAUGACUCCACCCUCUUCACACUGACCAAGAUGCUGCCAGGCUGCGAGAUCUAUUCGGAUGCUGGGAACCACGCAUCCAUGAUCCAGGGGCUGCGCAACAGUGGUGCCAAGCGUUUCAUCUUCCGCCACAAUGACGUUGAGCACCUGCAGGAGCUUCUCAGCCGCUCUGACCCCAAAACACCCAAAAUCGUGGCUUUUGAGACGGUGCACUCCAUGGACGGUGCCAUCUGCCCAUUGGAGGAGCUGUGUGACGUGGCACAUAGCCAUGGGGCCUUGACGUUCAUUGAUGAGGUGCACGCGGUGGGGCUGUAUGGAGCCCAUGGAGCCGGGAUUGGGGAGAGAGAUGGUGUUAUGGACAAGAUGGACAUCAUCUCUGGCACAUUAGGCAAGGCCUUCGGCUGUGUGGGCGGCUACAUUGCCGGUACCGCCGCCCUGGUGGAUACCGUGCGUUCCUACGCUGCGGGCUUCAUCUUCACCACCUCCCUGCCCCCCAUGGUCCUGGCAGGGGCGCUGGAGUCCGUGAGGGUCCUCAGGGCACCCGAGGGCCAAAGGCUGAGGCGGGCGCACCAGAGGAACGUCAAGCACAUGCGGCAGCUGCUUCUGGACGCUGGGCUGCCUGUCAUCAACUGUCCCAGUCACAUCAUCCCCAUACGUGUGGGCAAUGCGGAACAGAACUCUAAGGUUUGUAACAUCCUGCUUGAGAGACACCAGAUCUAUGUGCAAGCCAUCAACUACCCAACUGUCCCAAGGGGGGAGGAGUUACUGCGCCUUGCUCCAUCCCCCCACCAUGACCCAGCAAUGAUGGAAUACUUCAUAGGUAAGUGACAGCAUAGGUCAAAAACAUAAUUAUUUAUAAACUGUUUUUAAACACUGAGUCUGGAUGCCUUUCUCAGUCAUAGUUCCAUGCAACACACUUCCGCAAUUAUAAGUCUAUGAAGCUGCAUAACUAGCUAAUUGAUUCUAGUUUGUACAGUAUUGGAUUGGGUGAAAACCUUUAAAUACAGACAGUGCAAAGCAGUUGGUCUAUGGCUGUGCUGUAGCAAUUAAUAGGAGAGACACGACUAUUGUUGUGUGUAUACACUCCUGGGCAAAAGAUGGGCCACACCACAAAUUGCAAAACAUUAUGUUUCUAAUAGUCUCAACAGCAAAUAAUUGGUCAGGAUAUGAGCAAGAAAAAAAACAAAUUGAUAAAGUAACUUAGCUUUAGUCUUGUAGACAGCAUUUUAUAUAGAGAAGUCAAUGUUGUACCACUCAAAGAUAAGUGGCUUCAAAGAGCUCAUGACUGACUGAAAUAUAUUUCCUGGUUAGUUUGUAUUUAAUGUGAGACAUUCUCUAUAAAGCUCAAACCAGGCAGUUUUG